AUGUUAUUGGAAGUUGUCAUAUCAGUAGAUACUUUUGCUAAUAAAAAAUCUUUGGUUACAACUAUAAUCACGUCACCAAUAAAAAAUCCUCAAAAUCUUGUAUAUGGAAAAUCACCAUAUAUUUAUGCAACUUUGAUUAAUUAUACAAUUGCAAAUUCUCCUAAUAAAAAACUCACAUUAAAUAAAAUUUACAAUUGGAUUAUGGAGAAUUAUCCUUAUUAUAAGACUGCUA